AUGCUUUUCAGCUUGGGCCGACUUGCGCAACUGCUCACCAUUGCUCGCAAGCAACACGCUGCGGGGCGUGGUCCGACCACCCCGACCACGUCACCGAUAACGCCCCUACCCACCAAUGCCAAUGGCGUCGGCGUCGCUCUGCCCGGUGCACCGGUACAGCUGCCACCAGCACCUGUCCUCUCGGCACCGAUAAGCACAACACAAUAUGUGCCGCCAACAUCGGUAUCUGGGACGCUCUCGCAAGCCCUGCCUGCGUCACUAGGCUUGGAUUCGACAGGUGCCUCUGCCACAGCCAAUGGCAGCAUGCUCGCAGCGCCAGCAGUGGCGCCUGUUCUUGCUGCCGCAACGCCCUUGCCGCAGAUGGGCCUCGACGCUACUCCCAUCGCCAUGCUCGACGCUCAGUCCAUCCAAGCUCAGGUGGAAGCUCUCAUCCAGUCGACCUCGAGCUCCGUCGCCGCCAACGCAACCAUUCCGCCGCUUGACAGCACAAUACCAAUGCAAUCAGCAGUCAUCCCGCCAAGCAUCGACAUGAACGUUCCAGGACUCAUCAGCGCACCAGCGCCGUCAGCCAUUCAAGCUCCAGCAAUCUUACCGGCACCGCUAGCGGCAGGUCAUGUUCCUGCGCCCGUCGUCUCCAACCCAGCACCAUUCGUCGAUUCAGUGCUCGCACCUGGGCCGAGCUUCCAAAACACUUUCGCACAGUACCAAUACCCACAGAAUGCCGAUAGAGCGACCCGUGACGCGGGCAUCGUCCCAUCGAGCACGCCUUUGGCUCCGAUCUCAAAGCAGGAGCCAGGCAUCAGUAGCGCUCUGACCAGGGAGGAGGAGGAGAGGGCUGCCGAUGCACUCAUUGCAGAUCACGACACGCAGGACGCUACCGAGGCCAGCACGCGAGCUGUCAAGCCUGAACCCUUUUCGGGUGCCGAUCUUGCCGCGGCCGCCAAAGCGAUCGGCAUCGAGGCUGAUGCUGACCUUCUAGGUGGAACGGGCGAAGAUCAGCGCGCUCUGGCCGCAGCCAUCAGGCGGUUGGGCGUCGAGCACGGAGAAGCUGCCCGGAAAGCAGUUCAGGAAGCGGCCGCCGCCGCCGCGGCUGCCGCUGCUGCUCGAGCAUCACAAGAGUUGGCGAAAGCUGCCGCAAUGGAGCAACGAGCCACUCAAGAUGCAGCUGCCGGCCCAUCGAGCGUGGCUGGCCCAUCGAGACCCAAAUCGACUGCUUCACCCAGUUCAAAGUCCGGCAAGAACCCCGUGAAGCGCUUUCCAUGCCCCAAAUGCGAUAAGGCUUUUGCUCGCGCCUUCAACCUCAACACGCACCUCUCUACGCACGAUCCUGACCCGAAUCGGUCCAAGCCGUAUACAUGUCCCUACCCAAGCUGCAAAUCCGAGGGCGGUCGUUCCUUCAGCCGUAAGCACGAUCUUCAGCGUCACGUAGCUAGCAUUCACGAAAACGAUCCGGAGCCCGGCAUCCAUGGCGAUCCUGAAGAGGUGAUUGACGGCGACACGGGAGGUCUCGUUUCUCUUGGGCUAGGCACUCCGGGCAAGAAGUUUCGCUGCAACGGCUGCGGACGGUCCUUUGUCCGACGAGACGCACGCAACCGUCAUCAGUGCGAUGGCAAAGACAGUCCAUGCUCGCACAUGUCCAGAUCGCCUUCGGGUACGCCAUACGCAUCGUCAAUAUCACCGGGCCCUGGCGCCUUGCUCGGCAUGAGAGGCGGCAGUGGCACGCCUGUCGCUCUGACGGGUGCAAGGUCGGCGCUUGCUUCGCCAGCGCACAAUGUCGCUUCAGGCACAAUGUCAAGAGGAUCGCCUGCAGCUUCGAACAACCUGUCGAAAGAAGUGCAGGCAGUGGCUAAGCAGCUGCAAGCUCGCGUGGAAGCGCAAUCACCAGGCCCGCAGGGCAGCGAGGGCGCUGCGACUCAGUCGCGCAACAUUGCCCCUCUGCCAGGUGGCAGCAGCGGUGGCGAGCGUCGAAACUUUCCACUGUCGGCCAUUUCGCUCUAUGCUUCGACGGGACCCUCAAAGAUGCAUUCCGGAUCUAGCUCGCCAUCGGGUGGCAGCAAGGUCCAAGUGGGCAAAUGA